AUGAAAGUAUUUGUUGUUGCUAAUUUUAUUUGUAUAACUACAAUAUCACAGGCACUUUUUCCAAUACCAACUAAAAUUUAUUGGAACAUUGCAACAAAUACAUGUUUAAAAAAAGGCAUUAAUAUUCCAUUAGAAAAUUAUGAUCUUAUAUCUAAUAAUGAUCAACAUUUUUAUGGAGAAAACAUUGUAACUUUGUAUGAAAAACAUGUUGGUUUAUAUCCAUAUUUAAUAAAAGUAAAUGAUUCUUAUAAUCAAUUUAUUAAUGGAGGACUUCCACAAAAUGUUGAUUUAAAUAAACAUUUAGAAAAACUUAAAGAAAAUGUUAAUAGAAUAAUACCUAACAAAAAGUUUAAUGGUUUGGCAGUUAUAGAUAUUGAAAAAUGGCGUCCUUUAUUUGAAGCUAAUUGGCUUUCAAAAAAUAUUUAUCGAAAAGAGUCUAUUGAUAAUGUUUUUCAAAAAUAUCCAAAUAUUUCACAAAAUGCAUCUAUUAAAUUAGGUGAGAAAGAAUUUGAUGAAAGUGCUUUUAAUUUUAUGAUUAAAACUAUAAAAGUUUGCAAAUUACUAAGACCUUUUGCUAAAUGGGGUUUCUAUGGUUUUCCUAUAUGUGAUAUGAAUGGUUAUAAACGUAAAAACAAAUAUUGUUAUCAUGAUAUUAAUGAAAAAAUGAUACAAUUUUUAAAGUAUGUUGAUGCUCUAUACCCAACAGCUUACAUCUAUGGAGGUCAUUCUUAUGAUAAUCAAAAAGAAUAUAUUAGAAAAGUAUUAAAAGAAACAAAGAGACUCAACCAACUGCUUGAAAAAUUUGGAUAUGGUAAAAAAGAAAUUUAUAUGUUUCAUAAAAUUGAAGUUUAUAACGAAGUUUCAAAUAAUAGACAAAGCAAUUUUUAUGACCCAUAUCAAUUGUGUAUAUCACAAGGUCAAUCUAUUGUAAAUGACUUAGAAGGAAUAAUUAUCUGGUCAACAUCUAAUGACAUUUCAAAACGUUGUGAAAUACUAAAACAGUAUGUUGAAUUACAAUUUGGACCAUAUCUUGAAAAAAUAGGCAAUUUAUUUGACAUAUGCAAGAAUAAAAAAUCUCCUGAUGAAAUUUGUAACAAACUAAUGGUUUCAAAAAAUGAUAAAAUAUGUAGUGAUUUCCUGACUCCUGAAAGUGUUAAACAAUGGUGUAACGUUGAGUUUUAUGGUGAAAAGUACAAAUAA